GCGCUGUCACGAUUCGGUCGGGUCACAGGCACGUGAUAUGGUGACUGUGACCCAGACAAAAGCAAAAGGCCGAAUAGGGAAGUGGCCUUUUGCUGUUAUUGUCCUUGACGUAUUGUUCGCGUGGCGGAGGACUUAACGAGUACAAUGGCAUCGGCAACCUCAAAAAUCUUUCUUUCUUUCCUUUUCCCACCUUCCACGUCCCUCGUUAAUUUUUUCGACGUCGCUGGCCGACUCCUGGCAUGUCCCUCGCACCUCCCCCGACGUACGACGCCAUCGUCACGACUUCCCUCAAGCCCUACCUUGAGCUUCCCCAUCUUUAUUCUCUCACAUGGCUGGCAUAUCCAAUUCUUUCUCUUUUCUUCAUUGCGUUCCGGUUGUAUUCUUCCUUGGAGUCGUCGCAGGAAUCCAUCGAGAGCGCCAAGUCUACUCUGUUGGCUAGCUGCAAGGCCGCAGAGAAAGCUGCCACGGCGACAGCGAGCAUGCCCCGCUACCUCGCUGUGGUGACGAACGAGCAGUAUGCAGAUGCGGUCAACGACACCAUCGAUCUGGCUCGCGCGACUUUGGUUGCAGCCCUUACUAUCAUGGAAGCUAUCAUCAAUUUCAUCGUCGAUAUCUACCAAUCGACGCUCCUGUGUUUCGUCGAGCUGGUUAUUCGUGGAGGAUUGGCGAUCCUGUCUGCUGCAGUGGAUGAGUUGAACAAGUUGGUCAAUGCUGCAGCCAGUGACAUUGAGACGGCACUCAACAGUACUAUCUCUGCUGCUAAUGGUGUCAUCGAAACGGCAGUGAAAGCCAUCAAUGCUGUCAAUCCCUUCGACGACAUCACUGCACCCACUAUCAGCACUCCAGAUCUCAGUGCUUUGUCCAAUGUCUCUUUGCCAUCGUCUUUCACUGACUCGAUCGACAGCUUGAACAGCUCCUUACCAUCGGUUCAAGAACUCAAACAAAAGGUUGAAGCUAUCAUUGAUACUCCUUUUGAGCUCUUGAAAAAGGAGAUUAAUGAUACUUUCGAUGGGUUAAGUUUCAAUUCGUCUUUGGUUACAGUACCUCAGCAAAAUACCCUCACAUUUUGCGACGAGAUGGACACGUCCAUAGUGGAUGACUUGGGCCGUGACAUAAUCAAAUUCACCAAGAUUUCGAUUGUUGUUUUGAUCGCCUUGGCGCUACUGCUCGUUGCGCUCAAUUGUCUUUUGGAAUGGUACAAGUGGCGCUGCCAACAACGACACUUUGAAUACACCCGCGAGGCUUGGAUGACUGACCCCACGAUGUAUCAUGUCCGUGGUGCUGCAGGAACCCCGCGGGUCAGCCUCACGGACCACAAUCUGCUGAUGCUUCAGGCCUCUUCAUCGCAUCCCCUCCUCACGCGCAUCAUCAACCAAAUCUCUUCUCGUCUACGACUCUCUCCACCACAGCACACAAAUAUGACGUGGUUCUUUCACUACAUUUUCCACCCGCCGGCACUGGUGUGCUUCCUCAUUGGCUUCUUUGGAAUUCUGAGUGUUCAGCUCCAACUCCUCGCCCUGGGCCCACUCGUCGCCAAGUACGACGCACAGGCCGCAGUGUCCACUGCCGACUUCACGAAUACCAUUGCCACUUCGAUCAACAACAGCAUGUACAAUCAAUCAGCGGCGUACGCCAAUGAUGUCAAUAGCCAGAUUUCCACCAUGCAGUCCACCAUCAACGAUGGCAUCUUCGGAUGGGUAAAUGUCACCACCACCACUCUGAACGACACCGUCGUGGAAUUCUACAAUGAAGUUCAAAGUGCUGUGAACGCAGUUUUCAACGGUACCAUCCUCGAGACGCCUGCACUGGAUUUCGUCGCGUGUUUGAUCGGGUCAAAGGUCGAUGCGAUCGAGAAAGUCCUGACAUUUUUGAAUGAGAACCUCCAGGUUGACCUGCCUUUGAUGAAUGACAGCGCUUUGGUACUAUCGAAGAGUUCGGUUGAUGAGGCCACUCAGCCUAUUGCUGCUGCUGCCCUUGGCAGUGGGUCAGGCGAUGACAACGACGGACUGGUGGGGAAGCUCGUGAGGGCAUACGCCUCGUCUCUGAAGAAGGAACGAGUCAUGUUCGCGAUCUUCCUGGCUCUGUGGGGUGUGGUAGUCUUGAUGGCUACCUGCAUCCUCCUUUGGUACACUCACGGGAAAGGAUGGGUGGAAGCGAGGAAGCGGCGCAAGUGGGAGAGGGAACAGAGAAGCGGGAACCAAGGAUUCGUCGUUCCUUUCCGAAUCGGCCAGCCUGUUGCGGAUGAGAAGGCUCAGGCCCAGAACGACUCACCUCCUUCACCGAAGCGGGGAUUCAACUUCCCUUUUGUUCGGACUCGUUCGCGCGCGCCUUUCCUGCAGUCUCAGGAGAAAAGUUGGGAUGGCUUCUUUGGACAGAGGCCCGAUGCAGAGAGCAUCAACAGGCCGCAGCGCUUGAUGGCCAUUGGGAAGAAAGUUUUGGGAAGGGAACGAUCUCAGGAGCAGGAGGACGAGGCUACCCCGUGGUACGGUCGCUUUGCAGGGUUACUGAGCAAGAAGCGUACUGAGGAGCCCGUCUCUGAGAGAUCUUCAACCCGGGUUCGUCCGAACUUGCGCAUUUCUGUUGGUCGUGCAGCCAAUGCCACACCUCCGUCUCUUCCCAUCGCAGACAACCCUCGCGAUACGCUUCACUCCCACUGGUCCGCCUCACCCGAGCUGGUCCGACCCGCUCCUUGGGCCAAGUUACUCUCUCCGCCCUUCAAGCUGAGUCCCCGCCAGCGCAACGUACCCUCCGAUGUCGGAUCCGUGUACGAACCCGAUUCUCUCGCCCCCCCUCUGCAUCAUGGAUUCGCCGACAGCCUCCGUCAUUCAUAUUCUGAUUCUGCGGACCCAUCGAGUAUCCUGAACGCGCGGAAGGAAGAGAACCCUUUCACGACACCCUUUGAUGACGAGCAUCGUGUUACGAUAAGCCAUGCUGGUGAUACACGGAAGAGUAUCCCGACGAAUCCGUUUGCUGGGGUUGCUGUUUAGGACAGUUUUAGAACCCAUUCAGAGCGCAUCUAUGACCUUCACGUUACAAGGACAAGGACUUGAUAUAUCUAAUACCCGGUCGAUGUUACUAUUGCACUUAAUUAGGGUCUGCAUUACUCUGUAUUUCUAGGUAUUGAGCUGGACUUUGCACAUACGUAUUCACGCGCACUCACCACUGUAGCAUCUUCCUCGAGUGUAAUAUAAUCCCGAUAUCUACUAUAAAUUCUUGGGCAUUUUUAGCUUGGCUC